UGGGCUCAGUGUCACUAGUCUGCCCCAUGAUGAUUCCCCUCCUCACAAAUUCUGUACCUGAUCUGUGCUUUCCACUUUUGAAAACUUAACGAACAAGUAAAAUUUAAAGUCAUAAUUUUGUGAUAGUGCGAAUUGACUCAAUAAUGGAUAAGUCCUCAGUGGUAGAGGGUUCCACUGGCUAUCCAAGACGUGCAAGUACUGAAAAACUAAGAGAAAUAUUUAAUAGAUAUGCUCACACAAUCAAGAAUGGAGAGCAGUACAUGUCAGCGAAGGAGUUUGUUCAGGAUUUCCUCGGGAUGUUCCCUGGGAAAGGCAAUGAACACAGCAUACAGCUUUUGGCCGGCAUUGUAGAUACCAGCAAGGAUGGACUCAUUUCCUUCUCAGAGUUCCAGGCAUUUGAGGGCCUGCUCUGUGUUCCUGAUGCGCUAUACAAAACUGCCUUCCAAUUGUUCGAUAUUAAUGGAAAUGGGAUGAUCUCCUUCAAGGAAUUUGUGGAGGUUAUCAGUAAUACAGAGUUGUACAAGAGAAUGCCACAUGGAGUUGAUAACUCCUUCAUUUCUCUCUAUUUCGGCAAAGAUAAGACACGAGUAAUUAGCUAUGCAGAGUUCAGUCAGUUUUUACACGACUUCCACGAAGAAUGCGCCACCGCAGCUUUUAGACAGUUUGACAAAGAAGGAACUGGAUUCAUCACAGCUCUUGAUUUCAGAGACAUCAUGGGCUCCAUCAAGAGUCACCUGCUUACAAAAGAAGUUAAGGAUAAUCUUGUAGCGGCAGCUGGAGGGGGACAGAGUGGUCAUAAAGUUAGUUUUCCUUAUUUUAUGGCAUUUAACUCUCUCCUCAACAACAUGGAGUUGGUUAAAAGAAUAUACCUAAAUGCGACUAAUGGGCAGAAAGAUCAAGAGUUAACUAAAGAAGAGUUUCUGUAUUCAGCACAGAUGAUGUCUCAAAUUACUCCUCUAGAGGUAGACAUCCUUUUCUUACUCUGUCACCUGAUUCAUCAGACGACGAGAAUAGCGUACACUGAUCUCCAGUCAAUAGCUCCUGAACAGUUCUAUAAACAGUUCACAAACAGGCUUGCAGAGAUCCAUGCUGUUUCGAGUCCAGAUGACAGAGGGUUUUUAAUACAAAUCUUGGAAUCUGUCUACAGGUUUACUUUAGGUUCAUUGGCUGGAGCGACCGGAGCCACUGCUGUCUACCCAAUAGAUCUAGUCAAGACUAGGAUGCAGAACCAGAGAUCUGGCUCAUUUAUUGGUGAGCUGAUGUACCGAAAUAGCUGGGAUUGCUUCAAGAAGGUGAUCCGUCACGAGGGCUUUGCAGGUCUGUACCGUGGACUGGUGCCUCAGCUGAUGGGAGUGGCUCCUGAGAAGGCCAUCAAGCUUACAGUUAAUGAUCUGGUGAGAGACAAGCUAAUGGACAAGAAUGGCAAGCUGCCGAUCUAUGCUGAGAUCAUCGCUGGAGGCUGUGCGGGAGGCAGUCAGGUUGUGUUUACUAAUCCCUUAGAGAUUGUCAAGAUCAGGCUGCAAGUUGCUGGGGAGAUAGCAACGGGAGAGAAGAUCAGAGCUUGGAGUGUAGUCAAGGAUUUAGGCUUCUUUGGCUUGUACAAGGGAGCCAGAGCAUGUUUCUUACGUGACGUGCCAUUCAGUGCCAUCUACUUCCCCACAUAUGCUCACAUGAAGAAGAAACUGGCAGAUGAGAACGGCUACAACACACCGAUAUCUCUGCUGGUGGCUGGUUCUAUUGCUGGUGUUCCUGCCGCAUCUCUUGUUACACCAGCUGAUGUCAUCAAGACUAGGCUACAGGUUGUAGCAAGAGCAGGUCAGACAACAUACAAUGGUUUGACUGAUGCAGCUAUCAAGAUAUAUAGAGAAGAGGGUCCCCGAGCUUUCUGGAAAGGAACAAUUGCUCGAGUAUGCAGAUCCUCUCCUCAGUUUGGUGUGACGUUACUCACUUAUGAAGUUCUCCAAAGACUGUUCUAUGUUGAUUUUGGAGGAUCACGACCCACUGGUUCAGAACAGAAGAUACCGUCCACGGGAAUCCCAGAAGCAGCCAAAUCCACGAAUCCUGAUCACGUUGGGGGUUUUCAAGCAGCACUGCCUAUCAUCAGUGGAAUGGAAACCAAAUUUGGACUCAGUCUACCAAAAGGCCAAACCACAUCUGUUUAGCAAGCUCGACACAAUUACAAAACCUUUGUUACUCUGUAGCUAAAGCUAAUUUUAUUAAGCUUUAAAUCUUGUUUUCUGAAUAGGCUUGGCCAUAUACUUGUUAGUUCUCUGUUGUUAAUUGAGAUAUUUUAUAAAUUCAGUUGUAUGCUACAAAUUACAUGUGGUUUUGGUCAGUUUACGUGGCAGGUGGCACUGAGGAUACAGCUGUGAUUGUGUUACAUCUCUGAGAAGAGUUUCUUUUGGCCUGAGUUCUCUUGAAUUAUGUCAAACAAAUUGCAGUUAAUUCAUAACUGCCCGAUCAUGUUAUAGUAGACUUUUAUAAACCAAUAGGACAGCGAUUUAGAGCUAUGUGGAUUUAAACUUUAGUUAAGUUAAAAUAGUAAGUAUGAGAUUUUGUUUUUUGAUUUUAUAAAAUUGUAAUAUAAAAAAAUAAACCAUUAUAAAUAGUUGAGUUCAUACAAACUCAAUACAAAAUAAUACAUUUUUUGCUUCAUAUUUAAACCACUGUGAAGAUUCAUUAAUAUUAUUUUAAACAAUCAACUUCAGUGCCACUAGCAAAAAAAUGUACUGUAUGCAAAUUUUUGAUUUGUCUAAUGUUGGUUUUAUUUAAAGCUUAUAAAGAAUAUAGUUACAAAUAAAUUACAAGCGUGUUGAAAGCGUGUUUAGUUUAUGCAUUCAAAUUAAAUAAUUUAGCAAUCAUUUCUACUUAAUUGGUUAGGAAAAAAGUGGAAUGUGUACCCAUUAGAAGACCCCUUAUUCGCAGUUUGGCCAAACACUCACUAAUAGGUUUUCUUCAAUGUUGCACCACACCAAUAUUGCCUUUGAAACUGUAUUUAUCACUGCAUUUUGUACUUUCACAUUAGAUUUAGAUUUUCUCAAGAAUUUUACAGUUUUGUCAUCUUUUAUUUUUGCAUCAAAAACAAUUUCAAUAUUAGAUAAAUUUUGUACUAAAAAUAUUAUUAUAACUACUUGCAUUUGAAGAACAUUUGUCUCCUGAUUAGGCAUUUAUUGGUGUACAAAUAAGCUAUCACCAUUUUUUAAACCAACUUUGAAUAAAUAAUAAUAGUCUUAGUUGCUCAACAAACCCAACAAAAAGUUAUAAAAUAUCCUAAGGAUUUUUUAAAAUUAUUGUGUCCAUAUCAUUCCAUAGUUGUAUAUAAUAUUAUACCUUGAUUAUAUCUGAUACGUUGUAUACAUGAUAUAAUACAGUUUCUCUUGAACAUUACAAAAUAUUAAAUGAGUAGGCGAUUCCAUACUAUACUGAUCUGUAUUUAUACAAAUGUAAAGAUGACAGAAUGUAAAAUUCUGUAGAGGAGCUUGAAUCUAUUUACUCUAUUUAUUAACUAUUGCCUUCAGAGGUUUUACUGUUGUUGGAUACAAAUUUAAAAUCCAUUACUGUAUCUCAUCGUUUGUAUUCAUCCAAAUAUUUUUAAAUAGGAAUAUUUUUGUAGUGAGAAAGAAGCGAAUGGAAGGUUUUAGUUUGUUAUAGCUGGAGUAUUGAAUUUCGAUACCUCUGUAAAUAGGACAUAGCUUUAAAAGCGUUAUACUGUUAUGUUGAUUUACCAAUAAUUUGUUUUAAUUUAUUGGUGUUUUAGUGUUGGAUAAAUAAACUAAAAGCUUCAAAAGCUAGCAAAUUUUUGUAGACCUGAAUACAAAUUAUUUAAAACUAUGAUUAUUUUAAAACACUUAUGGGUAAAUGAGUAACUUGAGAAAUAAAUGGACAUUGUUUGUGUACUUAAAAUACACAAAACCAAAUUCUUGGAUUUACCAAAUCAGCAUUUUGAAAUGUAUUCUAGAUAUUCCUUACACUGUGUAUUAUGAAAAUAAUGAACUAUGUAUUUAUUGCUCUUGAACGAAACAUGUUUCCAAAAUCAACUUAUUUUCAAAACUGCUUUACAUUGUAUAAAUGACGAAAUUACAUAAAAUAUCAAUGUACAUAUUUGAUGUUAUAUAACAUGGUUUAUGUGUACUUUUAUUGCACUUUUACAUAAAAAGUAAAAUCUUGAAAACAAUGUAAUGCUUACUAUACAACUUCAGUGUAUAAGCAUAGUAUAAUUUUAGAGUUUGAAUUAAUAACAUGUAAACUUAGAUAAUCAUGGCCUUUUCUUCGGUUCAGUUUACCCAUUUACGUUUUGUGGUAAAACUGUCUACUUAUGUUUUACUUGUUGUUUGUUGUAAGUGAAUGAUACUCAUGUUUUAGUGAAAAGUUGGUAAUGUUUCAGCUACAGUUUUUUUCAUUCUUUAGAUCUCUACAUUAAGUAGAAAAUAUAAUAAACAUAUUUAGCAAUUUUGUGAAAUCUCCUUGUAUUUUAGAAUAAUUAUCUGAUUAUCUUGUAAUUCAAUAUAUUUUGCAUUUAGAUAAGCAUUUAAAGUUUUUUUCAGCAUUAAAUCAAAUGUACUAUUUUGUAAAAAUUACAAAACCGUAAUAAAUUAUUUUCAGUAUUAGAAGUUUUGUCUGUAUACAAAACUGCAUUUUAAUUUUAUUUGUUUAUUUUGAGUUAGAUUAUUUUAGUUAUAGAUGUUGUUAUGUCAUGUGAUUUGUAAUAUUUGAAAUUUAAAUAUUUAUUUAAUUCUGUUCUAGUGUAAGAACAGGCCAUGGUACAUGUAUUAAACUCUCAUUAUUAAAGUUGGAGCUUCGAACUGUUGGUAUUCUCUGAAGAUUUAAAGUAUAGUUGAGAAGCUGAGACCUGAGAUAUGUGCUAGAUGUGUGAGAGGGUAAUAAAAGGACUCAAAGAAUAGGGAGGAUUUCAAAUGAAGUCCCAGCGGCUUAGCUAUUAUACCUGUUCUAAAUACUGUGUUUUCCCUUUUAUAUUCCAUAUCUUUAGCAAUGGACCAUUAAGUCAUUGUAACGAAUUCUAUUCACCUGUUGAAUAUGUAUUCCAGAUUUUAUGUUGUAUCAAGUUUUGUUUAAUUGUGUAAUGUCUACAAAGUUAAUUGUGCUGUGGUAUGAUAUGGCUGUUUAUUAGGGGUGUGCAAGUAAAGUUUUUCAUUAAAGUCGAGUAUUGAUUAUGUCAAGGUAUCUCUGAUUUUCCCAAUUAGGGUUGGGCCUUUGUUGGCCCUGAAGACACGAGUAUGGAUACUGUGGUAUAGGCACAGAUGUACUCUAAAAGAUCUGAUCCGAACAAAUUUGUGCCUAGCAUAAUGUCAAUUCUUUAGGUUGUCAUUCAAUGACUAAGGGUUGACUGUGACAUUUUUUACACUUGUAGACAAAAGGUCGAUAAGACGUUGCCAUUUUAAAUUAUAUAAGAAAAUAAUGUUUAUAUCUUAAAUAGAAAAAAGCUGGAAAACAACUGGAAACUAACAACCUAGGAAGAAUACAUAUGUUUUUAAUGAGAUAUAAAAGAGUUAAUUGUCAUUAUUAUGUUUUAGUUAGUGUCAUAUAACCAUAAAAAUGUGUCUGAUCUUUAUAUCUAUCACGUAAUUAGUAUUAAUUUGAGUUGUUUCAUGUUAUGCAGCAUAUUCAGUAGGCUGAUUCAUUUUAUAGUGGGAAAAUUCAAGUUUGUCACCCAUACUUCUUCUGUUUUCCUUGUCACAAAAGAAAUAUUUUAAUAAAAUAACGUACCAUGUUAUCAAUUUGAAUGUGAUGCUCUUAGUUAUAAUAGAGUUGAUUAUCAGAUUAUAAAUUGAGACUAAAGUCUUUUAAUACAUAUUUGUUUAAAUAACCAAUUAAUACUAUAAGAACCCUAAAAACUAAUAUUAUAGUAAUGACUACUAAUUAUUUUUAAAUUGGAAUAAUUAUUUUUAAUUAAUCUCUUGUAAUUAAUGUUUCAAUUUUCAAUUAUAGUGAUAAAAUUUCUCAGUUAUUUCACUGACUGAUUUUACUUCAAACAAACAAUUUAGUCUAACUCCUUUGUUUGAAGUUUGUUUUUGAGGAUGGAAGGAUUGUGAAGAAAACAGGAUGUUUCCAGACAUUUGCUAUUGUUCAGUGAUUCAAAAAAUCAGUAACAUCAGUUAAUAAUUAGUAUUGUUGUGUUACUGUUUUUUUUUUUGUAUCACUGAACGAUGGCAAAUGUCCAGAAACAUCCUGUUAACUUUAGUCUAACUACCGGGAAAAAGUUAGAAGUUUCACGAUUUUUUAUUUAAGAAUUAGAGUGAAUUCAAUUCUAGUAUUCAUCUGUCAAGUUGGAAGUGAUUAAAGUAAUUGUAUUACUUAGAGUCUAUAUUGCUAGCCAUAGUCGAACAUCAAGCCAUUAAAACAAAAAAUUGUGGAGGUUUUAUUUUUAUAUCAUAAUGUCCUUAUCACAAAUUACUAACAUAAUUGUAUUUAAUUAAAAUAUAUGAAAUUGAUUUUUGAGAUAGGCAAUUUGUUACUUGAAAAGUUGAAAGGUUCUUGAGAAAUUGCCCGAUACCAAACCCCCAUAACCAAUACUCAACUCUAAUUUCAAUUAAUUGAUACAACUUGAUAAAAUUUUUGAGUAGAUACUGUUAGUACUCGGGAUAUACUUGAAUUUUCAAAUACUGCACACCUCUACUGUUUAUUGUUUGAACGAUGUUAUGUACUGUGAGAACUGUGAUGGUAUUAAAGGAUCUGCCAAUCUUUUA